AUGGAAUUCGGAGAUUCAAAAUUGAAUCCGGAUGCUGAAGAAUUCACUCCAACCGGCAUGGUUGAAAAGCUCGCGGCAAUGGAACUUAUUUACAGAUUAGUUUCUGAAGCUUUCGAUGUUAAUGAAGAGGUCGCAGAACAGGCUUUUGAUAAGUUGUCCAAGGUCUGUUCAAGUGUGACGUUUUCUGAAGCUCCUCGCUACGUCGGGAUGUCAGUAGUCGAAUCCUCUGUUUGUAAGUCGGGAAAUGCCGUUUUAGGAUUUCGCAUUAUUAAACGGCUUCAAAAUUCUAUUUCGGAGACUGACGGCCAUAUACUAAAUUCUGGCGUUUUCGACAAAACUCAUGAACUCUCCUUAAUCCUUAUCAACGGUGGUUUUCUGCAAAAAAUGGCCAAUUCAAGUACUCGCAAUGGGCCUGAGGCUGGCGACACUCCAGUAGUAAAUAAUCACCAAAUUCUCCUGGUUGAACUGCUCCAUUUAAUCGUGAUGUGCAUUCCCGACGUGCAUAAUACAGAAGAUGGCCGAGUUGCUUUACCGCCUCUCAAACCGUGUAUUGACUUGUGCAUUCUUGCGGACGCCGCCUUUCGAAUUCAGAUGAACCUCGCUAAAGGAGUAUCGUCUGGAAAUACUUCCUCUCAACCUUCACAAACGAUCCCACGUGUAAAUGCCUGGCAUUGUCUACUGGACGCGUUUUUAUCCAAACUAACACAAGCCAUACCCUACUUUAACCUUCUGCUUCAGCAAUCUCAGGAUUAUUUGCCAACAAACACUUGGGUUUCAACUCCAGGCACAUCAGAUAGACCUCUUAACGAUGAUUCUGAAACACUAGAAACAGUUGAUGUUUCCCCCUCUAUACUAGGCAGCAAAAUGGAUAAAUUGCUGUUUCGAGUGAAGCAUAUGAUGGUAAUUGAUGGUGGCUUUCCAUCUACUUGGCUCAGAUCAACUGCUCUCGAACUACUCCUAUCAUCCGCUUCCGUGUACAGUGCCUCAGUCAGCUGUAUGGGAGGUCCUAAUGAUUGGCAUGAAAUUGAUGAACCUAGUUGUUCAGACGAAGAUGAUGUUUCAAUUGAGGGUCUUACAGCUGCAGAUGACCCCGAAGUAUUAAAUGAUUUUCGCAACUUUUUGCAGUCUUCAGGUCAGUCGUAG